AUGGCUAUCCUGAGGUUUGGGUUUCAUCCUAUCUGGACAGAGUGGAUUAUGCAAUGCAUUACUACUGUUAGCUACUCGUUCAUCAUCAACGAUGCAUCAAGGGGACAUGUUACACCAGGACGUGGAAUCAGACAGGGAGAUCCACUCUCCCCGUAUUUAUUCAUCCUCUGCAGCCAACUACUCUCGAGCCUAUGCACAAUGGGUCAAAGCAAGGGAACUCUAAAAGGAAUCAAGAUCUCAUCGGGAGCCCCGCCUAUCAAUCAUUUGUUAUUUGCAGAUGAUACUAUGUUCUUCUGUAAAGCUAAUGAGCAAAAUGCACAGACCCUAAACAAGAUCCUAGCUACCUAUGCAUCAGUCUCUGGCCAGCUUAUCAACUUACAAAAAUCGGCUGUUUCCUUCUCUAAAGGAACAAUCCUAGCCAGAAAAGACCAAAUCAAGCUGAUCCUAGGCAUAGAUAAUGAUGGGGGCUUUGGUAUCUACCUUGGAUUACCGGAGAAAUUUGGUCGGCGUAAGAGAGAUGGCUUCGCAAAUAUUGUAAACAGGAUCAAGAUCAAGUCCAUCAGCUGGUCCUCCAAAUUCCUCUCUCGAGCAGGCAAGAUGAUUAUGCUGCGCACUGUACUCUCUGCUAUGCCUUCCCAUGCAAUGUCCUGCUUCAAGCUCCCCCUUACUCUCUGCGCACAAAUCCAAUCAUUACUGACAAGAUUUUGGUGGGAUGAUUCACAUGAUAAAAGAAAAAUGUCUUGGAUAUCCUGGAAGCGAAUGGCAAGAUCAAAAAAACAGGGAGGUUUGGGUUUUAAGGAAAUUGCUACCUUCAAUGAUGCUUUGCUUGCAAAACUCAGCUGGAGAAUCCUUAAAAAUCCCUCCUGUCUCCUUGCUCGCUGCCUUUUGGGAAAAUACUGCAAGGAUGAAAACUUCUUAUCAAUAAAAGCCUCCACAUCGUCCUCCUAUGGCUGGAAAGGGAUCCUCAUUGGAAGAGACUUACUCAUUAACCAGCUGGGAUGGAUCGUGGGCUCAGGGAAUGAUAUCAGGGUGUGGGACGAUGCUUGGCUUUCGACCACAGAUCAACAACGCCCCUAUGGACCCGCACCGGAAGCUCUUAAAGAGUUAAGAGUAUCAGACCUGAUGCUUCCAAACUCCACAUCGUGGGAUACUCAAAAGAUCGAAAGUAUCCUCCCUUUCCACAAGCAAUCGAUCCUCCAACUCAAACCAUCCAUCUGUAAUGCACCUGAUGAGAUGGUAUGGCUCAAGACGGCCUCUGGGGACUACACUGUAAAAUCAGGCUACAUGGCAAAGGAAGAACAGUCAUGCCUUGCUGAGACCCCUACAUCAGAACCAACAGUGGACUGGUUGGCAAAUGUCUGGAACCUAAAAACCCCAGAAAAAAUAAAAGUUUUUCUCUGGAACUCCCUACAUGCGGCUCUGCCAGUAGGUGAACAGUUUGCCAUUAGGAACAUCCCCCUCUCAACCCGCUGCCCUCGAUGCAAUGAAAUGGAAUCAGUCGCUCAUAUGCUCUUUAAUUGCGACUAUGCUAAAGAAGUCUGGAGUAUAGCUCCGCUUGCAUCGAUCUUUGACCCUAGCUCUCUGAUUACUACUAACAGUGGACUAGACCUCCUCCGACGGAUCCCAUCUCUCCCACCAAUCGGCCUGGGUCCGGGCACGCUUUCAGCUUCAAUCUGUUGGAACCUAUGGAUCUCUAGAAACCAAUUGAUUUUCCAGAAGCGAGUUUUCACACCAAAGGAGACCCUUUUGAAAGCCAUCUGUGAGGCUAGGGAGUGGACUUUUGCUCAAGAUCAAUCCUCCAAAACCCCAUCAAUCCAAAACCGUAUCGCCCAGGAUCCAGAUCCAGACCCCUCACUCACACGCAUGUACACAGAUGCAGCUUGGAAUCCGGUGACAAAAUGCGCUGGUCUUGCUUGGAUCAUCGAUGAUGCGGUAUCAUCUUCCUCUCACUCAGCGACCGAAACUUCUGUAGUGUCGCCAUUGAUGGCGGAAACAUUGGCCUUGCGAAAGGCCAUGACCUCUGCCCUACAUCGUGGAACAACAGAUCUCUUGAUACUUUCAGACUCACAGACCCUCAUCAAACUUGUGAACUCUAAAUGUAGACACCUUGAGAUCGCGACUCUCCUCAUCGACAUUCAACUACUUUCCCCUCUGUUUAAUUCUGUUAAGUUUAAGUUUAUUCCUAGAUUGGAUAACUGUAUGACAGACUCUGUUGCCAAACAGGCUCUGUCUAUGUACCAAACAUGA